CAGAUCAGAGAGUCCGGCAGUUAAAACAGCCCGUCCAGCGCGCACUACUAUUAAGCAUGCAGGCCACGACUAUUCUUCCAGGCACAGUUGUUCCUAUAGAAUUUCUUGGGAUGGAAAAUUAUGAGAACUUUGACAGAUUAAGCAUGGCCACGCCGAUUCUUCCAGGCACAGUUGUUCCUGAAGUACUUCAUGGGAAGGAAAAUUAUGAGAACUGGAGUGCUUGCAUUAAAAACUAUUUGUUGGCUCAAGAUCUUUGGGACAUCAUCGAAACAAGCAUGGAACCUCCUAAACCAGAGGAUGAUGAUCGUGAAGUUAAAUUCAAGGCUUGGAGGAAGAAGAAUGCUGCAACUUUACAUGCAAUUCAAAUUUCAUGUGGGAUGAACAUACUACCUGAGAUCAAGGGUAUUAGUUCUGCCAAAAUUUUGUGGGAUAAAUUGGCUAAAGCGUAUGAGCACCCCGCACAAGAAGGCCGAGUCAACUUAAGAUUGCCAGCAGCUGACGAGAAUUUCCGGAUCAGGGACAACAUGAACCGGACCGCUGGGUUUAGUGAGUAUGCGGAGUUGUACGAGGCCGUGCGAAAGGGUGAUUGGGACGUUGCAAGUGUUUUCAUUACGCAGCAUCCCGAUUCGGUGAGGGCAAAAAUUACACAUUUGGGCCAGACGGCUCUUCACGUUGCAAUCAUUGCUAGGAGUGACGAAAUAGCGAAACCAUUGGUGGAGGAGAAGAUGUCGAAAGAAGACUUGGAAAUACGAGAUAAUGAAGGUCUGACAGCUCUAGCUGUGGCAAUUAUUUGUGGUUUCGAUCUGCUAACAGUGGACUUAAUGAUAAGAAAGAACCCGGACUUGCUCACCGUUGGAAAUAAUCGGGGGGGAUUAGAUAUUCCAAUUGUUCUGGCUCUUCGUCAUGGGCAAAAAGAAUUGGCCAGGUUUCUCUUUGACGUCACUCCGUAUGAAGAGCUGACGCCCGAAAAAGGCCCCCAUGGUGCUACAGUUGUAACCCAAGCUAUACAAUCUGCAACUUAUGAUCUCGCUGAGGUGUUAAUCAGCCAUUGUCCACGUUUGGCAUUUAGUCUUGAUACAGACAACGUCUCCCCUUUGUCCCUAUUUGUUGGUUUGAUUUCCCUUUCCGGGGUUGAAUUUCAUCGGACGUCGUCUUGGAAACGUAUUAAGCUCAUUUCAUCUCCUCGUGCGGAUAUUUUUGGAUAUUAUUUGGACAAUCGAGAUCAGAAGAAACAAGAAGCUGCUGGAAUUACUAUCAGAUUUGCAGGACCCCUUGAUCAGCAUUCAAAUGAGAUCGAGUCGAUCCAACGCCAAUUCCGACGUCUUCUGUUUGCCAUGUUGGACUCGAUCGAGAUCAGUGCUAUGAACGAAUAUCAAAUCGGGAUAGAAAGUGGUGUUGCGCAAGCAAUCUUCAGUGCUGUGAGAGCAGGGGUCGUUGGCUUUGUUACUUUAAUUGCGCAGGGAGAACAACGAGAGCUUUUGUACUGGGUCCGAGAUGGCAAAGGAAGAAACGUACUUAUGUCCGCUGUCCAACAUCGACAUGCUGAAAUCUUUGGAAUGAUAUACGGUUUAAGAGAGACGAAAGCUAGAUUACUAUCUAGUCGAGAUAAUGUCGGGAAUAACAUAUUACAUGUAGCAGGGACGCUAACAGAGGUCUCUCCGCUUGAUCACAUCACAGGAGCAGCUUUGAAGAUGCAAUCAGAAGUACAAUGGUUUAAGGGGGUGGAGAACUUGUGCAAUCCCUUGUAUAGGAAUGAAAAAAACUAUGCCGGUUUGACUCCUAAACAAGUGUUCAUGCAGAGCCACAAAAAGUUGAUUGAAGAGGGAGAGCGAUGGAUGAGGGAGACGGCAAGUUCUUGUACAGUGGUAGGUACUCUCAUUAUGACUAUUAUGUUCGCAGCAGCAUUUACCAUCCCAGGAGGUAACAAUCAAGAUACAGGUCUUCUAAUUUUCUUAAAUAGAAAAUUGUUUGACAUCUUUAUAAUAGCAGAUUCUCUAUCACUCUUUUCUUCCUCAGUUUCAGUAUUGAUGUUUUUGGGAAUCCUUACAUCACGUUAUGAAGCUGAAUAUUUCCUAAACUCCUUGCCAACUAAGAUGAUAAUAGGUCUUUUCACCCUCUUCUUCUCAAUUGGAACAAUGAUGAUAGCCUUUUCAUCUGCUAUUUUGAUUAUGUAUUGUGGAGAAUCAUGGAUUGUCAUUCCUCUUAUUGUUUUAGCUAGUGUUCCUAUUUCCUUGUAUGUAUUCAUGCACUUUGGCCUUCUUGUUGACAUGAUUGUUUCAACCUAUGGAGCCGGUACCUUUGAUCGGAAAAUGAAAUCGGGGGUUGAGUUGAGUUGUAUUUAUAAAUGAUGUAAGGAUGUUUUAUCAAUAUGUGGCGUACUAGUUGGGAUGAUGCCCUUUCCUGGUAACUUAUUUUUAUGUAUUUUUUUGGACAGAUGAAUGAUGAAUUUUAAACUAUUUGUUGUGGAACAUUUUGUAACUUGUCUUU